AUGGCCCUGAAGGAUGUCGCUCUGUGUGAAAACAAGCCAGCGACCUUCCCCGACAAGGGCCGGAAGGACACCGUGCUCCGCAAGCUGCUGGUGGAGGCUGAAGGAGAGCCACAGACGGUCAGUCACAAUGCUCUCCUCUGUCCUGCAAACGGACCUUUGGAUCAGAUCAUUCCUCUUGUGUUGCCUGAGCUCUUUGUGGAGGGGUCAGAGAAGGCUACUGUCUCUGUUCUGGGUGACCUGAUGGGCCGAGCUCUGAAGAACAUAGAUAAGCUUCUGCAGAUGCCGUAUGGCUGCGGGGAGCAGAACAUGUUGAAGUUUGCUCCCAACAUCUUCAUCCUCAAGUACCUGAAGAGCACCAAACAGCUGACCGAGGAGAUCAGGAACAGAGCGAUACCUUUCCUGCAGGCAGGAUAUCAGAAGGAGCUUAAGUACAAGCAUAGAGACGGUUCCUACAGCGCCUUUGGAGAGAGGGAUAAAUCUGGAAACACUUGGCUGACUGCUUUUGUCAUGAAGUCCUUCGGAGGCGCACAUUCGUUCAUCUAUGUUGAUAACAAACACAUCGAUGAAGCCAAGAUCUGGCUGUCCAAAAUCCAGGGUGCUGACGGCUGCAUCAUGUCCGUGGGCAAACUCUUCCACAAUGCCAUGAAGGGAGGAGUGAAGGAUGAGGUGACUUUGACAGCCUACGUCAUCGCUGCAUGGCUGGAGAUAGACGAUGACGUCACGGACGCUGUGGUGCAGAAUGGUCUGACGUGUCUGAAGACGGCGCUGGACGGCAAAGUGGACAACUUGUACACCACGGCCCUGCUGUCCUACACCUUCACUCUGGCUAAAGACGAGAAGAUGAGGGUGAAACUAAUCCAAGAGUUGCACUCGAAGGCCAACAUAGAGGGAGGCACUCGUCACUGGGUCCGAGCCGGGGCUUCCAAGUCUCGUCUGGACUCCCUGGAGGUGGAGAUGACCUCCUACGUGCUGCUGGCUCUGCUCUCCGGUCCCGCCCUGCCAGGCUUCGAGCUCGGUUACUCUGCCAGCAUCAUCCGCUGGCUCGUUCAGCAGCAGAAUCCAUACGGCGGCUUCUCCUCCACGCAGGACACCGUGGUGGCCCUCCAGGCUCUGGCUAUGUAUGCCAGGUGCCCGGAGAGUACACAGUGA